GCUCAAGACGCACCCCGCAGACCUGAGGUCGACUCAGCCGCUAAAAUUAGCGAGCGAGCGGAGAGCAUUGGACGGAUGGCAGGGGUAGGUUCCUUGCAGGGGAGAGCUCAGUGUUGACCGUUAUCCGUUAUCCGUGCCCGCUGGUUCAACCUCAACCACGCGGGCAACCUCGACUCAUCAUCACUCUUACACUCAAACAACCCCCAUUUUCCUUUCGCGUUCUGUCAUGCGGCAUAUUUGAAUUUCCAGAUUGAUUUGAAAGGAUUUACUUUUUAUACAUCAUGAGACAGGCAGUCAGGGCGACGGGCCUCGGUCGGCUUGUUUCGAGGCCACUCACCACUUCACCGACACCUAUCAGAUGCGCGGCUGCCGGUAUCGGGCGUCACGAGAGAGGGCUUCCCGGGCCGAGGAGGGUAACGCUACCUUUGACGAGUUCAUUUGGUGUCACCAAGACUGUUGGCUCGGAGCGGUGGUUCAGUAGCAAGAAGCCGGUUUUCGAGGCGGGCGAAGCUCCGUCGUUUGCGUUUGCUUUUGACAUCGACGGCGUUCUGUUGCACGUGGCCAAGCCUAUUCCCGGGGCCGCCGAGUCGCUGCAGUACCUCAACGACAACAACAUCCCCUUCAUCCUCCUGACCAACGGCGGAGGUAAGCCCGAGGCCGUCCGGGUGAAGGAUCUGAGCGACAAGCUCGGGGUCAAGCUCUCGGUGGACAACUUUGUCCAGUCGCACACUCCCUUUCAGGAGCUGGUGCAGGGGCCAGAGGGACUGGGAGACAAGACCAUCUUCCUGACGGGUGCCGAUGCGAAGAAGUGUCGAGAGAUUGCGAAGCUGUACGGCUUCAAGAACGUGGUGACGCCGGCGGACAUCAUCCACGCUCACCCCGAAGUAUUCCCCUUUGAACUCCUCAAAAAGACAGUCUACGCAGACUCUCACGAGCCCCUUCCGAAGCCCAUCCACGACGGCACCGUAGCGGACGCGGACGCGCUCAAAAUCGAUGCCAUGUUCGUCUUCAACGACCCGCGCGACUGGGCUCUCGACAUCCAAAUCAUCACCGACCUGCUCUUAUCGCGCCAGGGUCUGUUGGGAACGUACUCGCCCAAGAACGGCGACGCGUCGCUGCCGAACGGCGGGUGGCAGCAGGACGGACAGCCGCCGCUCAUCUUCUCGAACGCGGACCUGUUCUGGUCGACGACGUACCACCAGCCGCGGUUCGGACAGGGGGCGUUCCAGGCGGCUGUGGCGGGCGUGUGGAAGGAGGUCACGGCGGGGCAGGCGGAGUUGAAGAGGACUGUGUUUGGGAAGCCGUUUGCGACUACGUAUCAGUAUGCGGAGCGGGUUCUUGAUGCCCAUCGCAAGGCGCUGCUUGGCAAGAGUAAGAGCGUUGGCGGUGGUGGAGAUGUGGCGCCGUUGAAGACGGUGUACAUGGUGGGAGAUAACCCGGAGAGCGACAUCCGGGGCGCGAAUGAUUAUAGUAAUGAGGAGACGGAGUGGGCUUCUGUGCUGGUGAAGACGGGUGUUUGGAGCCAGGAGAGAGGCGCGCCUACGCAUAAGCCCAAAAUGAUUGUGGAUGAUGUCAAGGCGGCGGUUGAGUGGGCGUUGCAGAGGGAGGGAAGGCCAGCCAAGAUCUAGGUACGCGUUGGAGCAUGUUGGUACUGGAAGCUCCUCAGGUAGUGUAUUGUAUUAGGCAAGAUAGUCGUAGCUCACCGGUGAAUGGCAGAGCGUGUAACUACAAAUCCAGCUGGACGGUGUAAUACAAGGUGUGGCUGGGCUCAAUCUCGAGAGAUGGUGUGCUGUGUACCAAGGUCUGUACAUGUAUCGAAGCAGG